AUGGACGAGCACGCUAACGUGGACAAUAAAGUAGCUUGCAAUAAGGCUAACAAUAGCAGUAAUGUUAGCAACAACAGUAAUGGUAGCAGCAGCAGUAAUGGUAGUACCAACAGUAAUGGUAGCAGCAGCAGUAAUGGUAGUACCAACAGUAAUGGUAGCAGCAGCAGUAAUGGUAGUACCAACAGUAAUGGUAGCAGCAGCAGUAAUGGUAGUACCAACAGUAAUGGUAGCAGAAGUAAUGGUAGUACCAACAGUAAUGGUAGCAGCAGCAGUAAUGGUAGUACCAACAGUAAUGGUAGCAGCAGCAGUAAUGGUAGUACCAACAGUAAUGGUAGCAGCAGCAGUAAUGGUAGUACCAACAGUAAUGGUAGCAGCAGCAGUAAUGGUAGUACCAACAGUAAUGAUAGCAGCAGCAGUAAUGGUAGUACCAACAGUAAUGGUAGCAGCAGCAGUAAUGGUAGUACCAACAGUAAUGGUAGCACAAGCAGUAAUGGUACCAACAACACUAAAAGUAUGAAGGAAAUUAGAGGUAACAGUACCUCUACUGUUGAAACCGCAGGUGUUUCAACCAACAGUAGCCUUGGUACCUCGUUGGCUACCAACAGUAGCCUUGGUACCUCGUUGGCUACCAACAGUAGCCUUGUUGAAACCGCAGGUGUUUCAACAGUAGCAGUAACAAUAGCAAAAGCGGCUACUGUUGCUACUCCUCAUCGUCACCAGCAGUCAGUAACACACGUAGCAGUGACAGCGGCAACAGUAGUAUUAACAGUAAUAAUAUCAGCAGUAACAACAGUAGCAGCAGUAGCAGCAACGUCAGAGGAUCUGACCCUCCGACACAUCCCCUUCAUGGACAUUACGGGAGUGAAUUUAUCAGAGAACGGCGGACGUGGUGAGGUCCCGAGAGCUGAUUCAACACAGACUGGCGCUGCCGAGGCUGGAGUGCCCACUGAAGCUGGUACUCGGGAAGCUUUCAAUUAG